UCCCGCAGCCGCUUUGGGAACAAAAAGCGAACCUUCAAGCCACCAGCGGGGAAAUAAGGAAGAAGAAAAAAAAAAGGAUGCAUCUUGGCAGCUUUCGCACUGCCGUCCUAGGGCUGACCGGCCUGCUGCUGCUGCUGACCGGCCGGCAGGUGGCUAGCAAUGGUGACUUUAGCUAUUUCUACGGCACCAUCGCCCCGUCCGACCGGCUUUGCGCGAAGAAGGUCGUCGGCAUCGGUACCAAGACGCCCGUACAGGUGGAUUACAGCAGCACGCGCCCGAUAACAGCUGUCAGUCUCGAUGCGUCGAACGUGGCGUACCAGGGCUUCAACGCGCUCAUCACCCGCGGUGCGAUCGGCCAGCAGGGCAUCACGUUCAGCCUGGCCGGGCCGUGGGUGCUGCCGUACUACAUCGAGCUGGACUACUACUGCCGGGCGCCGGACCAACCCUGACCGUCCUCAACCGGUGCUGCUGCUGCUGCAAAAAAGGGUCAAAUGCA